AUGCAAACAUUCAGUUCACUACAGUUGCUGUUGGCGAUCCUCUUUUCCAGCGUCAUAUCACAGUUGUAUGCGGCCGAUGAUCAAGCAGCACGCGAAACUUGCGUCAAGCAGGCUAAGCUGAAUGCCGAUGAACUGAAUCGGGUAAAGAGCGAGUCAGCUGUUAUGAAACUCGUAGAUGACGACUCGGAGGCAUUGAAAUGCUACCAACGCUGCUAUUAUCGACAACUGGGGUUAAUGGACGAUGCUGGCAAGGCGGUGGUGCCGCUACUUGUGGACUUUAUUUCGAAGAACACUGGUGUUUCGGAUAAAAAGAAAAUAACUGAAGUUUUUCUCUCAUGUAAGUCGGUAAAACGAGACAGCGAGUGCGAUAAGGUGUACCAAAUCGGGAAGUGCAUUAUGCAAAAAUUGGCUGUUUAA